AUGGACCAUCAAUCAAGUUCUUCCACAGACUCCCAGUAUACCGAACUGGGAGACCUGCUACCAUCAACAGACUAUGGAACUUCCACAAGUCUAUCCAGCCUGGACGUUGGUCCUCCAGUACCUCCCAAAUCAUCCCCUCCAUUGCCACCAAAGCCAUCUCCAGCUGUAUCUCCCAAAGACAGCUACACUGGAAUUGAAUCCUUACGCUCCUCGGGAUUAUCCCUGUCUCCCAAAACCCAAAAAAGGAUUUCGAUAUCCGGCCAAAUCAAACAGAAGUAUCCUCUGACGGUGACAGACCUCACAAAGGCCGAUUUGAAGUUGCUAACAGCGGUCCUGGACCUAGAAGAUUCGCCCCUUUUUGUCAAACAGCGAAACGGGGAAGCCCAGGAAAUGGUCGACGAAAGAAUCAAAUCGGCCAUCGAGACGCUCCCAGUUCAUCUUCAAAGAAGCUUUCUGUUCAGGUUACUUCCCAAUCCUCAUCAUCGGACUGCUUUCGUUUGUAACUCCCACAGAAAUCUCAAUAUCUAUGUCAUCGGGCAUCUUUUCAGUCUAAUCAAGCAGGAAGUCACCGAGCACCUACGCAUCAUGGACAUGUAUGCAGAUAUACUCGAGCCAGAAGCGAGGAACCUCGUUCGCGCACUCCAGGCAAUGCAGGGCAUGUGGUGGACGCCUUCCUCCUCACACCUUAUGCCACCAAUCGGCGCUGCCAUGUUCCAGAGCAACAAAUGCGAAGCGUGCAUGCUCACACGAGUCACAACCGAGCCAAUGUUUCUGCGGAACCUCCGUGUCACGCUGCUAAGUCGAACGAGAACAAGAUCAAAGCAUCGAGUGCCGAGGUUGCUACCAUUCGUCGACGCAGCUAUCAACUCCCAUAAAGACGACGCUUAUGGGCUGUUCAUCAGCAGUAGCACGAUGGCAUAUGGUAUGAAAGCAGGGCGAAAAAGUGCCGUCAAAGCUUACAAGGAGGAAAGAAGAAGACAGCACACGAGACAUCUCGAGUCGCUGAAGAGUCGAUUGAAAGAGAAGAGUACGCAAUCGAUAAUGGUCUUCAUGUCUACAGGCGGAAACGAAAACGAAAACCAGCAAUCGAACCAAGACGAGCACCAAGAUCAACACCAACACCCAACCGACAACUCACUGGAUACAGAAUGCACCGCAAGAGACUCUGAACGCGACACAGUGGACGACAUCAUCUCCAAAUACGCAGCGAUCAAAUCAACUGAUUCCACUCCCCGCACUGGACGGCCUACCCAGAUCAAGGAAUUGCCCAAUGUCAGUCCACUAUCUGUCAAGAAGCCCAUCGGCUCAUCGAUCUAUUCAGCAAUGGGCGCAGGAAAACGACACUCUGUGGCUGGAUACUUCCCUCCCCGAGAGAACAUCAACUGGCAAGACAUUAUUCGCCAGCGGAGCCCCUUGGAUAAACUCGCAGAUGGGGUUAAAGACAUGCUGCGCGAGCGACCUGCCUCGGCUGGGAAUGCUGGUGAUAGCGAAGAGUUCGCAGAGGACUAUCGCCAUCUCCUUGGUCCAGAGGAAGGCCAACCCGGAUCGCAUGUCAGUCAAGGAUCGUGGGAAGAUGUCUCGGUUAAGGAAUCAGGGCCUGGAGAUACUACAUGGAGUCUUGUUUGCAAGACAUCGAAACCGCCUCGCGUGCAAAGGCAUAAGAAUUAG